CCAAAACUACUCAAAGAAUUUUCGAAAGUCUCCAUAGAUCUAGCUCGAUCGAGCUAGAGUGAAGCGAAGUGAGAGCUAGAGGUUGGCAAUGGCGGAGAGGGUGGCGCGGCUGUCGUCGCAGAGGGCGGUGGUGAUCUUCGGGGCGAGCAACUGCUUCAUGUGCCACGUGGUGAAGACGCUCUUCUCGGAGCUCGGGGUGAGCUGGGCGGUGCACGAGGUGGACAAGGACCCCAACGGCAAGGACGUCGAGAGGGCGCUCGCCGGAAUGGUCGGCCGGACGCCGCCGGUGCCGGCCGUCUUCAUCGGCGGCAAGCUCGUCGGGCCCACCGACCAGGUCAUGUCGCUCCACCUCGCCGGCAAGCUCGUCCCGCUCCUCCGCGAAGCCGGCGCCCUCUGGCUCAGAGAUACGAAGUACUCCUAUAUACUACCAGCUAAUCAAUUAAUUAACUAUCGAUCAAUUAAUUAAUGGCGAUAACUAGCUCUUACUACUGUUAAUUCUGCUACAUGCAAUAUGCAUGUCAUCAAUCUUCACUGAUGGUCGUAUGCACAAUGCAUCAGUACUGCAGGCAAUUAACUAAUUUUGGGGAGAUCAUCUGUCAGAUUAAUUAGCAUACAUGCAUAUGAUCUUCAGUUGUACCUCUACCUACGUACAUAUGUAUGGAAGAUAGUGCUUUGCAAGUGAUGAGUAUGUGUUCAGCUGGUCAGAAAGAUCAGAUUAGUUAAUUAAUUAGCUAGUGUACUACUUAAUUAUCAUGAAGAGCUGAAGGCAUUAGCUUUGAUCCUUUGCUUUAGGCUUUAAUUAGGUGCCAUUAAUUCAAAGUAGUCUGACCAGAGAAAGGGUUAACUUAAACUACUCCUAUAUGUCAGUGCUAGCUGCAAAAGUACAAAUAUGUCGGCUAAUGCCUUUCAGUUUUCAAAAGUAGCCGCUAGAUUUAAUGAAGGGUUUAGUAGCUCAAUGUGUGUCCCAUGAAGCCAUGAUGCAAAUUACGCAGUGCGCACCAUAUAUACUGAUCCAGUGAUCCUUUGCCCUGCAUUUACGAAGGCAAAGUCCUGAAAACAACAGUGUCAAAUUUUGUUAGAUUUGUUGUCGGAGUCGAUCUGAGACGUUUGAAACAAAUUCUCACGACAUGUUAUAGUACCUGCAAAAAAAAGUUACUACUAGGUAAUUCUCAGAGUCAAGUUGGGCCAAAUUAGCUCUCUAUUUUGUCAUACUUUAUAGUGUAUCUUUGAGAAUUAUUGAGGUGUCUAAUAUAUUAACGUGUGUAAGGUUUUUGUGCGUUUUUUUUAAAAAAAAUAUUGAAGUGCUGAAUACCUGAUGAUAUAUAGCGCAAGUCACAGUGCACUAUAAUAUAAGGCUAUGACUUGUUACUAAAUCUACAAUUUUAUGAUACUCUACAUUAAAUUUGUAAUUUUUUUGAGAAAUUUAAGAUAUCAUCCGUUUCUAAAUAUUUAACGCUGUUGACUUUUUUAAAUAUGUUUGACCGUU